GGCGAGUCGAAUGCCUAUCGCAUGGAUGCGGCUCUAAGCUCGGCGCCGCGCUCACACGGGUGGAUGGGGCCCUCAGCAAGGCGGGGGCUGCGGCUGGGGUCCAAUUCGGGGCUCGGCUAGUCGGGUCUGGAGCGCGGGGCGUUUGACCGCGCCGUGGGGUGGCCGCUGGCGCUUCAGGGCAGGGGAUCGCAGCGCCUGGAGUGGGCGCGCCGGGCCCCUGUCCCAUGGCGUCUGUGCUGGAGGAUCCUCUCUUAAUUCGUCCCUUUAAAGGCCAUAAGGCUGCAGUCACCGGCGUUGACUUCAGCCCGAGCACCAGGGCACUUGCCUCAUCUUCUUUGGAUAGGUUUCUUAUGAUAUGGAAUUUGAGGCCACAGUCCAGAGCUUUCAGAUUUGUGGGUCAUGUGGAAGCUGUGACCAGUGUACAGUUUUCACCAGAUGGACACCUCCUGGCAUCUGCUUCUCAGGAUCGGACUGUUAGACUAUGGAUUCCCUGUAUUCAUGGAGAAUCUUCAGUCCUGAAAGCCCAUACUGCACCUGUCCGUAGUGUGAACUUCUCACAUGAUGGCCAGUUCCUAGUUACAGCGUCCAAUGACAAAUCAAUAAAAGUAUGGAGUGCUCACCAUCAGCGCCUUUUGCUUUCCUUAUCUCAGCAUACACACUGGGUUCGCUGUGCCAAAUUUUCACCUGAUGGAAGAUUAAUAGCAUCUUGCAGUGAGGAUAAAACUGUUAAAAUCUGGGAUGCAGCAAAUAAAUUAUGCAUUGAUAGCUUUACAGACUAUAAAGGGUUUGCAAACUAUGUUGAUUUCAAUCCAAGUGGUACAUGUGUAGUUUCUGCAGGUUCUAAUCAUACAGUGAAGCUCUGGGAUAUUCGAAUGAACAAGUUACUGCAGCAUUACCGAGUUCACAGAGCAGGAGUUAAUUGUGUAUCAUUCCAUCCUUCUGGAAACUAUAUCAUCACUGCCUCUACUGAUGGUACCCUUAAAAUUAUGGAUCUCUUAGAAGGAAGACUUAUAUAUACGCUUCAUGGACACAAGGGACCUGUGCUUUCUGUGGCCUUUUCCAAAGGUGGGGAAAAAUUUGCAUCAGGUGGAGCUGAUGCACAGGUAUUACUGUGGAAGACCAAUUUUGAUACAUUUAACUACAAGGAAAUUCUUAAACAUCAUAUUAAAAGAAUACAUACUGAUGAUCCACCUCACCUUCUUGAUAUUUAUCCAAGAUCACCUCAUUUUCAUGAUGGGAAAUCUCAGUCAAUUGAAAUAGAUCCUAGCUUCGAUGUGACAGAUACACAAACGCUUGACCCACCUGUCAUAGAUAUUAGUUCCUCUGUGUAUUUCAGUUCUCAGUCAAGGACAACUGACUCUUCAAAUGGAGUUUCCACAUUCAAAGAUGAUAUGAGCAGUGAAGAUCUGCGGUAUCAUCCUGCUUUGUUCUCACCAACAAGCUCAAGAAGGAGGCUGGAAGACAAGGUUGAACCAGCUGUGUGUACCGUGGACAAGCGCAUAGACAUCUCGCCAGCUCUGGGUAAUGCUUUAGAGCACAUUGUGGAGCAGCUGGAUGUUUUGACUUUAACUAUUUCAAUCCUGGAGCAGCGACUGACUUUGACCGAAGAUAAACUGAAAGAAUGCUUAGAAAAUCAACACAAAAUGUUACUUCAAGCCAGGCAAGGAGAAUAAAAAAUACAAAUGUAGUUGAUCUGUACUGAUGAAUAUGUUUCAUACAUUCUCAGGGAACUAAUAAAUGAUGUCUUAUUUAGUCUCACAAAGAGCAAAAAACAAAUUUUGUCUGUUAUUUUAACCUGUUGCUUUAAGGAGAAGAAAGUGAAAAAGCGCAUGUAGUACAUUUUAAAGAUCAGUGGCAGACUAACAUUUAGUUAACAUAUUUUUUAAAAUGUAGUUUAGCAGAAGAUUAAUACAAUUUUAAAACACAUUUUGCGUGACUUUUUGACAUCCAUAGAGUGAGGAUUUCACUCUUUAUUUUGUUUGUUACCUUUCAACCUUUUAUCCUCAUUACAUUCUACCAGUUGGCAGCCUAUAUUUCAAUACUUUUAUAAAAGCACUGAACAACAACUAUGCAAUUUUAGAUGGAAAGCGUUUAUUGUGAAAGGAGGUAAUGCAGCUUUUUCAACCUAAAUGAGACUUACUUAAAAUAAAGUUGCCUUAAGAACAGCAGGUAGAAAUUGUACACAUAGAGAAAUGACAAGACCUGCCCAACUCCUAAGAAAUUGCAGGGGGAUUUCAGGGAAUUCCGUUUUUUAAGGGUAAACAGAUUUUUGAUAACAAAUAUGAAAAUAAAGUAUUUUAAGCUUUUAUCCAGCACUUGAAGCUGUACAAAUCCAGUUGUAAGUCCUUAUUUUGUAUUUCCAUUCAUUAUAUAUGCCAUUAAAAUGUAAUUUUCCUAUUUAAGAUUAGCAUUGAUGCAAAAUUAAGUUUAAUAUUUUUGAAAAAUACCAAACAUCAAAGUAAAACUAGCCCUAUACUGUAAACUUUAAAGCCCUGAUCCUCCAAAUACUUCUGAGGUGCAAAACUUUAUGCACUACAAGUAGUCCAAUGAAAAGCCAUUAAAGAAACAUAAAUUAAGAACCUCUGUAAGCCAGUGUAGGAUUAGAACCUAAGAGAGUGAGGAUUUCUACAAUCCUAGUUUGCAUUUUAAAGCUUGGAUGCAUGUGUAAAUAUUGCUGGUUUGAUUAUUUUUUAUAAAGAGAAGAAGGCAGAAAGGAGACUUAUUGUAAACAUGAAUUGCCAGUCAUUAGAGAGGGAUAAAUUCUAGUUUCUCUAUUAUAUGAAACUUUUACUUUUUCUUUACAUCUUCCUGGUGUCAUUAAAUGGCAGGUGCAGAGCAUCUCUCUUGUAAAAUUUACAAUCAAAAUUGAGCAGUCUUUCCUUUCUGCAGCUUCAUGCUUACAUUGUGAAUUUGCAUUUUGCAUAAGACAAAGUGGAGAUCAUAUAAAUAAUGCAAAUUAAGACCCCAGUUGUGCAACUGAAUCUGUAUAGCUCAGUGGUCAUCAACCCGUCGAUCGCGAUCGACUGGUCAAUCCUGGAGACUUUCCCAGUCGGUGUGGCGGUGCAUCGGGGCUGCCUGCCUCUAAGGCAGGCUUCCUGCCUGCUGUGACCCCACGCCACUCCUGGAAGCAGCCAGCCAUGUGGGGGAGGGGCAAGGGGCUCCGCGCACAGCUCCUGCAGGCAAGCACUGUCCCCGCAACUCCCAUUGGCCAGGAAUGGGGAGCUGUGGCGAAUGGGAGUGGGGGGCGGUGCCUUCAGAGCGGGGAAGCACACUGAGCCACGUGCCCCCCAAUGCAGAAGUGCAUUGGUCCCUUCCUGGAGCAGCAUGGCCACAUGGUGCGCUACUGGCUGGCAGGGUGGUGGGGUGGCCCAGCUCCUGAUGGGGAGGAGGUGCUGAUGUGCCUGAGUGGGGCCAGGGCAGGCAGGGAGCCUGUCUUAGCCCCAUUGUGCCACCGACCGGGAACCGCCCGAGGUAACUUCCCCCCAGCGGGAGCCCACACCUAAACCCCCAGCCCUGAGCCACAUCCUGGAGCCACCACUCCAUACCCCCUCCUGUACCCCAAACCCCAACCCUGACCCUCCUCCCAGAACCAGCACCCCAUACCCCCCUUGCACUCCAACAUUCUUCCCCAGCCCGGAGCCCCUCCUGCACCCAAACUCCCUCCCAGAGCUUGCACCCCUCACCCCCUCCUGCACCUUAACCCCCUGCCCCAGGCUCAGCCCAAAGCCCUCUCCCACACUACAAACCUCUCGGCCCCAGUCCAGAGCCCGCACCCUGUCCCAAACCCCAUCCCUCUGCCUCAGCCCGGUGAUAGUGAGUGAGGUGGGGAGAGCGAGCAACGGAGAGGGGGUGGAUGGAGUGAGCAGGGCGGGGCUUUGGAGAAGGGCUGGGGUGGAUCCUGAGUUGCCCUUAAAUUCAAAAAGUUAUCUUGGGCGUAAAAAGGUUGGAGACCACUGGUAUUGCUGAACCCCUUUCCUAUGUUGAGCCGCACUGAAAUCACUAAAGCUGUGCUUGAGCACAAGGGCACACCAAUGCAGAUUCGAUUGCAGAACGGGGGCCAAGGUGGCAAAUGACAUAUCUCAAACAUUAUUAUUUAAAACUCUGGCAUGAUCACCCAUUUCUGACCAUGCAUCACUGGAAUCUGUGACGCAUAAUAAACUGUGAAUUUGGUCUAUCGAUAUAUAGGGGAAAAAACAUAAUCAGAUCACACAUUUACAUUUUGGUCUUGAACUGUACUUGUAGUUGGGGGGAGAGGUAUUUCAUAGGGAACUAGCCUUUCAAUUUGGUCAUCUGGAUGCAUAUACAUUUCUGUGCAAAUAUGUACUUGUAAAAUGUCUUCCAUAAUGAGUCAUUGUUAUCUAUCUAUAGCUUUAAAAUAAAUCUGUCCUUGGAUUAUGCAAUUAUUUAUACCACUAUACAAUGUGUGGCUUCAUAAAUGCUAGCUUUUAGAUCAAUGUUCUUUGCUUAUCAUAUUUUAAUAUUUUCACAUUCUUACUUAACACUGAGUUUUCCUCAUUUGAGUGAGAGGACUAAAGGCUUGUCUACACAGAGCAGCAAUGCACACUACAGGGUGUGAUUUCUGAAGCACACAAAUGUGUUUCAUAUUAAUUGGUCCAUAUAGACCCUGCUGGUGUACAUUAAAGGUUCCCUAGUACACUUUAACAAAGUGCUGUUUGAAAUAGAAAUCACACACACCCAUAGGAUGCAUUACUCUAUCAUGUAGAUAAGCCCUUAGAAAUGUAACCCUUUAAAUCUCAUUCAGUUGCUAUUUUCUCCUAAUGAGCUAUCCUUUAUUAAAAAUAAAAAUCAACCUUAUCAGCA